CUCUUGCUGUAUGUGUGUGUGUGGCCCUCAGGUGUGAGCUGUGCCGACGAGGAUGAGAAACCUCGCAAACGUCGGCGCACCAACUCCUCGAGCUCCACUCCAGUGAUGCUUAAGGAAGUGCCCAAGAUCAUGCCCCCGAUGUCCAAAACCAUCACCGUGCCCGUGAGCGGCAGCCCAAAGAUGAGCAACAUCAUGCAGAGCAUCGCCAACUCUCUCCCUCCUCACAUCUCCCCAGUAAAGAUAACCUUCACCAAGCCGACCACACCUACUACCAACACCACCACCCAAAAGGUGAUUAUUGUAACCACCUCUCAAAGCUCUAGCUUUGUUCCCAACAUCCUCUCCAAGUCCCACAACUACGCGGCCAUGUCCAAGCUGGUGUCCACGUCCGUUCUCACUUCCUCCAGUCAAAAGCAAACGGUUGUCAUCCCAACCAGUCCCAACCCAGGCUCUUGCACAAACACUGUGGCUGUUACCUCCGUAGUGUCUUCCACACCCUCUGUGGUCAUGUCUACUGUGGCUCAAGCCACUUCCUCAGCAGCUGUGAAAGUUGCCACAGCAAGACUUCCCUCUCCAAAGACUUUGGUCGGUACACCAACACAGAUCCUGGCCCAGUUUCCCAAAAACCAACAACAGUCGUCCAAACAGAUCCAGCAGGGUAGCCCUGUUCCGUCUCCACUGGGGGCGGCUCAGACCACUUCUACAUCCCCUAUCAGUAAGCCUACCAUCCAGAUAAAGCAGGAGUCUGGAGUGAAGAUCAUCACCCAGCAGAUGCAACCAAGUAAGAUCCUCCCCAAGCCGUCGUCUGCCACGUUGCCUGGCAACAGCGCUUCACCCAUCAUGGUGGUCAGCAGUAACGGAGCCAUCAUGACAACAAAGCUGGUGUCCACACCCUCAGGCACCCAGGCCACGUACUCACGACCAACAGGCAGCCCCACAAUAGCGGGCAGAAUGUCAACUUCUCCAGGAGGGGCCACCUAUGUGAAAACUACCAGUGGCAGCAUCAUCACAGUGGUCCCCAAAUCUCUUGCAACGCUUGGAGGCAAGAUUAUCAGCAGUAACAUAGUGUCUGGCACAACCACAAAGAUCACCACUAUCCCGAUGACCUCCAAGCCAAAUGUCAUUGUGGUCCAGAAGACAACUGGGAAAGGAACUACAAUUCAAGGAUUACCUGGGAAGAAUGUUGUCACCACGCUGUUAAAUGCAGGAGGUGAGAAGACUUUACAAGCAGUUCCCGGAGCAAAGCCAGCUAUUAUCACUGCCUCCCGUCCUAUUACCAAGAUGAUAGUCACCCAGCCCAAAGGCAUCGGCCCAGGAAUGCAGCCUACUACCACCACCAAAAUCAUCCCCACCAAGAUAGUAUAUGGACAGCAAGGAAAAACUCAAGUUCUGAUCAAACCCAAGCCGAUGACCUUUCAGACAGCUGUUGUGAGCGAGCAUACUCGACAGUUGGUGAGUGAGACCCUCCAGCAGGUGGCUAGACCCGCAGAUGCAGGAGCUCUCCCUGGCCAGGAGGGGGUGCCGAAGGACGAUUCAUCAACCUUCACAGAAAGCAGCCCAACCCCAUCUGAGUCAAUGCAUAAUGCUCAACCCGUUGUUCGGGUAAUGGCCUAGGGGCAGGAGUGGACUGAACAGGAGGUUGAGACCAGUCCCACCAUUAUUUACCAGGAUGUGUUGGGGGAGUCUCAGUCUGCCACCUCCACCAUUAAGGCUCUGCUUGAGCUCCAGCAGACGACAGUGAGGGAGAGGAGCGACUCCAAACUCCGGCAGCACACCAUUGAUCUAAGCCAGAUGGCUGUUCCCAUUCAAUCGGCCCAGGAGAAGAGGCCCUCCCCAGAGCCUCCUGGACACCCACAGGGGGAGGCUGAGGUCCUCACAGAGUACAUCCCAGCUGGUAUGAGCAGGGGCUGCUGUGCUAGUCAAUUCCCCCCAUCCAGUGCCCCUGCUGUAGGGUCAGUCAGUGUGGUGGCCACCUCCUCCUCCUCCUCCUCCUCCUCCUCUUCCUCCUCCCAGCAGCAGCAGCAGGUUGUCUCAUCCCUGUUUAACACUCAGACAGUGGUGGCGGUGGCAAGUCCAGCCCAACGUCAUCUGCGUCGACAAGCUCCCACUUCAUCCAGCAGUGGAGGAAGUCCAUCUGUGUUGAGCAAACAGGCCGAGGAGCAGGCGAUGGAGGAAGGAGAGAUGGAGGGCGACACCCUGGAUCCACAGACAGGGCUCUUCUAUAGGUCGUCUCAAGCCGCCGUCCAGCCUCAGCAUCAACAGAGACCCACUCUGGCAGCCCAUUACCCAAGCUCCAACAGGCCCCGACGUCUCCCCACACCCCCAGUUGCCCAAGCUCCAACAGGCCCGACGUCUCACAACAGGCCUAACCUCCACUCGCCACUGUCCCAUCCGCCACCCUUGCAGGCGCAUCAUCCUGUGGGAUCCUCUGACAAGCCCCUCUCCGGCCAGGUUCAGCAGCCCAUCAUCACCCAGGGAGCAACCGUGACCAAGAUUACCUUUGGCACAUGUCACAUGUCACCCCCAAGAACCAGCAGCAGUGGAGAAGCAACAAGCAAAGUGCUGCCGGAGACCAGCACAGGCGCGAGCCACCCUAAAGACAAGCCCUCGGUGUCCUCCGACAUCCUGAAGAUCUCCAUGAUGGAGGCUGAGAUCGACCCCAGCGCCGAGCCUAUGGUCGUGGACAGCUCCAGUGACAAGAAGCCCGCCGCCACCUCCCUCAUCAGCUCCUCCGCCUCCGCCUCUGUGCUGCACCACUCAAAACAACAGCUCGGGAAAUACAGCCACAUGCCAGCAGGCCUCGCCUCCCAAAAGAACAAGGAACUGGAUGUCAUUCAGGUCAUCCCACAGUACUCAAUCAUGCCAGACUCUAGCCAGUCCAAUGUUGUGGUGGAGCAGAGCGGCUUCCUGGAGAUCACCGACUACACCAGCCAGCGUCUGGACGACGAGAGCGUCAUGGAGCAGGAGCUGGACAGCAGCAACGAUGAGGCCGCAGCUGCAAGUCCAAUGGAAGGCUGUGCUGACCAAUCGCACUGAGCCUCAUAGGGGCGGGCUCCUCCUGUGCCGACCAAUCCCACUGAGCCUGUUAUGAAAGUUCUGAAAAAAAACAAAAUGAAGUGAACUUUGGUAGCAAAAUAGAUUUUUAUUAAAAUAUCAGCAAAAAUGAACGUCAUUUGGGAUAAUCCUGAAUAAAAAAAAAUCUUGUAUUUGUUUGUAUUGUUUCUGGCAGCGCUUGAGUGGUCCAACUGUUGGGUUGGUGUAUGAUCAGUUGUACCUGUGUAUUGGACUGAAGACCGUGUAGAUAUGAGUGGGCCAUAAUGCAUCAGUGUGACUCUUGUGACUUGAUGUGAUGUUCAAGUAGGAUAGAGGACAUUUGCUUGCACCUAAUCCUGAAAUGUCUAAGUUACUUGCAUUUCUGUACAUUUUACAAUUAUUUCUUUUUGUACUAAACUUUUUUCAUUUGAACAACUUUUAAAUAAUCUUGCUGUUUUUUUUAUAUAUUUGAGCAGAAACUGUGUAAAAAGUGAAUCACUGUAAGCAACACUGGACUUAAUGAAGUAUACUUAGAGAACUGUAACAUAAAAUCAUCUUCAGGCCUGGUGUUGCUUACAGUG